AUGGAAGGAUACACUGAAGUUUUUAGUUGGGGAAAUGACAACUCUGGACAGCUUGGCUUAGGCUCACACACAACUGGCAAAACUUAUUGCUCUCCUCGCUUUUGUACAUUUAAUGUAUUAAUAUCACAAGUCUCGUGUGGAGAAGAGCACGCUGCUUUUGUGUCAAGAACAGGCUACUUAUAUACAAUGGGCAGUAAUUUAAAUGGGAGACUUGGAAUUGGUGAUAAAACGACGACUCAGAGCUCCUCUCCUUGUUUAGUCGACAAAUUAUCAGGAUAUAGGACUAUAAGUGUAUCAUGUGGAGGUGGGCACUCAGCCGCUGUUGUUGAAGGUGGAUUAGUAUUUUCCUGGGGUUCUGGGGAUUUUGGAGCUUUAGGAUUAGGAGAUACACAAUGCAGAUGGACUCCUGAAAAUGUCACUUUAAAUGAAGGCUUUAAAGCUUUACAAGUAAGUUGUGGGAGCAGACAUACAGGGAUUAUCUGUGAAAAUAACAGGAAUAAGUCACUUUUUAUGUGGGGAGCAGGAGAUUCAGGCCAGCUGGGGACUGGGAAAAGAGAAAACGAGCUUUUGCCUGCUUUUAUAAAUUUGAUUGAUGCCCCAAAACAAGUAGCCUGUGGUCUUUAUCACAGUAUUGUGGUCACUGUCUCAGGGUUUGUUCUGGCUAUGGGAGGUAACGCCUUUGGCCAGCUUGGGAUUGGCAACAAAAAAAGCUCAAGUAUACCAAUAAGGGUCAAUGGGCUGGAUAGAGAAAGAAUUGCAAAAGUCGCCUGUGGCUACCAUUCAGCCGCAAUUUCUGAGACUGGUGAACUUUAUGUCUGGGGGACUGGCAUUUUUGGAGAGUGCCUGGCUCCUAAGCUGCUGAAUGAGCUGCCAGAAAUCAAAGAUUUAACCUUGGGUGGUACUUUUGGGGCUGUUUUAGAUAAGGCUGGGAAUAUUUGAACGUGGGGAAGCAACUCUAAUGGAGAAUUAGGCAUUGGGGACUAUGAAAGGAGGGCUACUAUUAAUAGGCUGAAUAUUCUUGCAGGGAGACAAGUCAGCUUGGUGUCUUGUGGAGGAAAUUUUGCCUUAGCACUUGGGCAGGAUAUAUAUGGAGAACAGGUAAAAUCGCCUAGAAAAAGUCCUAUUUUAGUAGCAAAAGGGCAAGACAGAGCUCAAUCAGUCAAAAGAUAUAUAUCUCCUCCUAAAAUUUCUGGCCCUAAAACACCUUCAAAAUAUACCUCCAAGCUUGAAUCAGCCCGAUCCUCAGCCUCAAAAGUCUAUACCAAAAAAGAAAACAGCUUUAUUGACGAUUCCCACACCGACGCCACAAAAUCCAGAAAUAUUAAAAGAGAAGCCAAAAAACAUGAAGAUUUAGAAAGCUCUUAUAUUAAAAAAGAAGAAUACGAGCAUAAGAAAAAAGACCAGGAAUCUACUGAAAGGCAUCAGUGUGGCGUCAAAAUAAGGGAGCUUGAAGGAGAAUUAAGCGACAUGAGAAUCGCUUUACAGAGGGUAAACGACACCAGUAAAUACCAAAAUGAGAUCCAUAGUAAAGAAAUUCAAAGAUUUAAAAUCAUAGCAGAAGAAAAAGAAAAAGAGGCAAAAGACAUCAAGCAGAGCUUGGAGCUAAAAAGAAAUUCGGACGCUAAAAUUAUUGAAAAGCUAGAAAACAGGCUUAAAGAUAUUGAAAAUUUAAGGGAGCAAGAAAUCCGCAGCAGGGUGAAGCUUGAGGCUGAACUUCAAAAACUUGAAGAAAAAUACGCUUAUGAAAUAAAGCUAAAAGACCAAGAAAUCCGCAAGCUUUUGACAAAUAAAGAAAAUGACCAAAUCACCUUAGAAGAGACCAUCAAGCAAAAAGAAAAACUAGCAGAGCUGCUCAGGAGUGAGGUCAGAAAAAAUUCAAAACCAGCAGAAAAUGCUGCUGACACAGAAGACCUCAUCAAAAGAUGUGACCAAAUUGAAAAAUCCAUGACUUUACUAACAGAACAAUGCGAAAAUUACCAAAAUAAAAUCGCAAGCCAAGACAAAGCUAUAAUUGAAUUCAAGCAAAAAAUUCAAAACUUAGAAAAAGAAAACUGCAAGCUGAAAAUGGAUUUAAAUGAAGCUGAAUCAAAAAAUAAGCAGCUGUUUACCAAUCUAGAAAAAGAUUUACGAGAAAGGGCAAAAGAGUAUAAAGAAAGGACGCUUAAUUUAUUAAGCACCCCUAUGGGAGCCAGAAUGUCAGACCGUUACAACGGGGCAAGCCCAGACACAACUUUGCCGUUAGAGUCUCCUAACAUUUCAAUGGAAAUCGAUAGGAAAAUUUUUAACAAUUCUAUAGAGCCCACUGUAACAGUUUCUCCAGUCCACAAAACAAAAUGUGAAAAUUAUUUGUCACCAAGGCUACAAAUGAAGCAUGCCCAGCUGCAAGAACAUCAGACUCCUCCUACAUUUAGAGAAGGAGGAGGGGUGUUAAAAAACAGCUUAGCUGAAAUAAGGCUUAGGCUGAACUUGUUGCAGGACAAUAAAACUGAGCUCGAAAAUAAACUUUCAGGGUUCAGAAUAUAA